GGAGAAGCGGCCGCAGCCGCAGCCGCCUCAGAGCUCCGAGGAGCUGGAGGAUUUGCACAAGCUGCUACACUUCCCCGAGGAGGUGGCGAUCAGGUUGUCCGAGUCCGAGUACCAGUUGUUCUACCAGGUCCCGCCGAGCGAGUACCUCCGACACGUAGCCCAGGACGUGAGCACACCUCGCAAAAGCCCGCGACCCCCCGCGUCACCUGGCUGCACCCCGAGCACCGCCAACACUGCGACGCAAACCGAGGGUGGGGAGUGGGGGGGACUGGCACCCGUCUUCUCGUCUGUGCAGACCCUCAUCAACCGCUUUAAUGAGGUGAGCUCAUGGGUAACCAACGCUGUAACGAAUGGCGUCACCGUCGAAGAAAGACAGGCGGUACUGUCCUGCCUUCUACGGGUCGCUCAGACAUGCUGGAAUACGGGAAACUUUAACUCGGCGAUGGAAAUCAUAGCCGGACUCAAAUCAAACAAGUUAAAACCAUUCUGGCAGAGCGUGAACGAGCCGUUGCCAAUCUUGGAAGAUCUCUCCACCGCUCUCCUCUCUUCCAAGUAUGAAGAAGCUCUGGCCCGAGCCCUGGCGAUGCCGGAGUGUCCGGUGGUGCCAUUUUUCGGAGCGUUCCUCAGGGAGCUGCGCGAGGCUCUGGCCGCCGAGACGAAGUACAAGGCUGGGUCGGAGCCGAAAGAGGAGAGUUUGUAUGCUAGCAGUAACAAGGGUGAGCCCCUUGAACAUGUGCCUUCAUCCUCGCCUGGCGCGAGGAUCAGUGUGGAGAGUAAUGCGGAGGCACCCGCGGGGUGGAGUUCGACGAGUAGUUCGGCAAAGUUCCGCCUUGAAGUGGUCGACGACACCCAGGCAGUGCUGGACAAGGUGGGGCUCUUCCACCAGCACCAUCACGCCCGGGGAAAGGACGCGACGACGAGCUCGCUCCACCGGACCCUGAGCAUUCACACGACGGCCCUGGAGCAGGCCUACAUGACGGAGGAGUGCGACGAGAACGACUACCACCUGGACCUGGACACCUACCAGCCGGUUCAGCCGCUGGCGAACGAUCACGGGGUGGCGAUUUUCCCGGUCGGAGCUCCCCACGCCGGGAUGAAUCACCACGUCCUCCAGAUCCUGCACCACGGAACGACCUUGGUCCACUGGGACUGCGACGGAGGAACGUCGAGGACGGCGUUGGUUUACGCCCGCGUCGACCGCGCCUGUGGCACCUUCACCUGGGAGAAACCGACCUGGAGUCCCCUGAAGACCGCAUCCCUCGGGACUACGGUCACCGAGUUCUCGCUCUUCGUCAAUCCCGAGGAGUCACUUCCGGCGGGGCUAACGACCAAGUACGCGGCCCGACUUCCGGACUGCGCCGCGGUCACCCUCGAGGACGGAUACCUGGACCUCAGCUCCGUCAAGGAGAUUAUGAUCGGAUGCUGCGACCGCGACCGCGACUCCGACCUCAGGGCCAUCUGCAAAAGGUACGGACUCCCGGGUUCCGAUUCCUGCAUUGGCCUGAUGUACGGUACCAGCCUUUCCGACAACCGGCUCAUCUUUCUGCUCUGUCCGCCCGCCCUGAACAAAAUUUGGUACAUGGGAUUGUGCUGGAUACUUCGGGGCUUGAAACGUCAGCAACAACUCACCGAUCGAAGAUCACGAUGGCUGAAGGAGAAAUUCCUUCAGCUGUAUUUCGAGGAGCCGGGAAUAAUGCCGGUCACUGCUGACGCGAUUCGCGUUUUCGGCGGACGUGAUUGGGCCUUGACGGACAGCAUCGGCACGCUCUCACCGACCGGAAGUGCCACGAUGCGCCGCCGAAACGUGAAGGGAAAGAAGACGAAAUCCAUCGGAAACAUCCACGCGCUGACUAAGGAGCUGAGCUUCAAGCAGUACGAUUCCUCGUCGUCGGACGGAGGUUUAACCACGGCGCCGUUGCGACACAUCGCCGGCAGCAGGGAAUCCCUGACAAGGAUAAUCCCGGCAUCCCCACGGUCAAGCAGGGAGAGAAUGCCGCCGCGUAGUCCCCCGGGAUCCGCGGAGAGGAUCGUCACCUCCAACCUUCCGUAUUCCAGCCUGCAAAGUCUUUUGUGUGUUGCCAGAGACAAAGACAGGAACGGAUCGAGCGGACUGAGCGAAGCAUCCCAGGCGCCGUGCCACGUGAAAGCGAGGGCGAAUGCGAUAAUGUACGAAACGCAGCUGAACUUCGUUGAAUUCGUAGCGUUGUUUCGAUCGUUCAGUCUUCGGGCCCGAAAGGACCUCCGGGAUCUCUUUGGACAGCUGGCAAUCACUCGUCGGAGUCAGAGCGACGGAUCUCUUCGCGACUUUAACGCUCGUCCGUCGGUUUUGAGGCAGGCAAGCGAUUCGACUCCGCAGCGUAUCGGCCUGCUAACGCGAAAUAACUCAAUCGAUUGCCACGAGUACAAGACCAGCAGCAAUUUACAAAACAAGCAAAUAUUCGACGCAAUCGCGGCUACCAGUAUCGUCAACAAUUGUUCCGGAGUUGAUACGUCGAAGUCGCAAGUCAUCACACUCACCACCUUUACAAAGUUUCUCGAAUCACGCCAACAGGAGAAGCUCACCGACGACGAAAUCAAAGCGCUUGUCAAGAGACACGAACCAGACCCCGCGCUACGGACCCAAAUGUGUUUAUCCUUUGAGGGAUUUGCUCGGUACAUGAUGGACAAGGACAACUACGCCUUCGCAAACGAGUACGCGGCUCCAGUUGAAACCGAAAUGCAGCAGCCCUUGUCCCAGUACUACAUCGCAAGUUCGCACAACACCUACCUGACGGGUCACCAACUCAAAGGCGAAUCGUCCGUGCAGCUUUACUCACAGGUCCUGCUGACCGGAUGUCGUUGCGUCGAGCUGGACUGCUGGGACGGAGACGACGGUUCCCCGUUAAUUUACCACGGGCACACAUUCACCACGAAAAUCCCUUUUCGGCUGGUCGUUGAAGCGAUCGACAGAAGUGCCUUCGUCAGCUCUCCUUACCCGGUCAUUCUCUCCUUGGAGAAUCAUUGUUCCCAGAGUCAACAGGCUCGGAUGGCUCAAAUCUUCCAGUCGGUAUUCGGGGACAAACUCGUGACGAAAUUUCUGUACGAUUCGGAUUUCGGUGAGGAUCCUCAGCUGCCGUCGCCCUCCCAGCUUCGCUACAGGAUUCUAAUAAAGAACAAAAAGCUUGUCGUCGAUCCAGGCGGGCCUCUGCCUCACGUGCCUCUCGGCCAUCGCGGUAAAAUGCUCAUGUCCGACAGAGCCUCGUCCAUGAAGCAGAUGCGAACCGACAACAACGUCACUCAUCCCGAAGCCGAUUACUACAGCGAAGACGAGGACGACGAGGACGACGAGGACGACGACGACAACGUCGACGACAAUUCGAUCUCAGGAGGCAGUCAGAAGUCAGAUCACGUUCGUCUCAAGUCGGACACGGCGGUGGAUGACAAAUCGCAGAAGCAGAGCAGUCAGAUAGCAAAAGAACUCUCGGACCUGGUGGUGUACCUCCAGGCGAUCAAAUUCCGGGGCCUUAACACGAACCCGGGACCAGGAGUGCCGGUGCGAGUGCGUCACCCAGGUCAAACGGGCCCGAUCCAGCGUCACAGCAUAGCGGGAAUCGGGACCAGCGGGACCCCGGCUUCUUCCGGAUCCCCGCAGUCCCUGUCGACCUCGGCCUCGCUGGCCAGCGGCGGGAACAACAUCGAAACGCUGUUCCGGUCGACCCGCGGCGUUCCGGCCUGCUUUCAGUGUUCGUCGCUCAACGAGAGCGCGGCGAAGAAGAUAUGCCGGAAACAGCCUCUGGGCGUUGUGGCGCACGCCGAGACCCAGCUGAUUCGAACCUACCCGGCGGGCAUGAGGAUCGACUCGUCGAACUUCAAUCCGGUGAUAUUCUGGGCGUUCGGUAUCCAGAUGGUGGCGCUGAACUACCAGACGGACGACGCCGCGCUUCACCUCAACGCCACGAUGUUCGAGCAGAACGGGCAGUGCGGGUACGUCAGGAAGCCGUCGGUCAUGUGGGACAAGGGGCACAUGAUGUACAGGCGAUUCAACCCCUGGGACAAGGAGUUCGACGGUCUUCACUCGGCGCACUUGACCCUCUCGAUAGUGUCCGGACAGUACGUCUCGCCGACUAAUCUCCUUUCCAGCACCUUCGUGGAGAUAGAACUCGUCGGUAUACCGAUAGACUGCGCCAAGCACAAGACAAAGGCGAUACAGAACAACGCCCUGAACCCGAUAUGGAACGAGAAGUUCUGCUACCAAGUCAUGUUCAAGGACCUCGCCUUCCUCAGGUUCAGCAUCGUCGACGCGAGCUCGCACCAUCUCAUUGCUCAGCGGGUCCUACCUCUCAAGUGCCUCAGGCCGGGCUACAGGCACGUCAGACUCCGAUCCUGCAAGAACAAGCCCCUCGCCCUCUCGACCCUCUUCAUAUACUCCCGGCUGGAGGAGGAGAGCCUGGACUACGACGACACCUGCUGCCGCGAGCACAAGGAGCCGAAGAGGGGCCCGUCAACCUCUGGCAAAGAGACGGAGAAGCUGGUCAGCGUGGACCCCGUAUUGGGCGGGGUCACCCUGAAGCGACGGAUGUUCUUCCUCAUGGUGUACCAUGUCAUACCCGAAGAGCCUUACACCAUUCUUAAGGUGACGCAGGAGAGCACGACUCAGGAAGUGAUGCUGCAGGCCCUGCAGAGGGCCGGCAUAUCAGCCGAGCACGUCGACGAGUACAUUCUGGUCGAGGAGGUAUCCAGGGGUUGGGAGAAGCGGGAGAGGGAGGAGCUGCCGACGCAGAGGGUCCUCGACCCCUCGGAGCACCCGCUGCAGGCCCAGGGCCUCUGGAAGGGCCAGGGUAGGUUCCUCCUGAAACGCGUCGGUGACGAUCCGAGCAGCCGGGCGUGGCUGGCCUCGAUAAGAAGCACGGCGGCGCACUCGAGGCUGAACGACACUUCGCCGAGGGAGAAGAGCACCCACAUCUGGGACGAGGCGGACACCUUCCUCGUCUGCAUCUACAACGUAUCCCCGGAGAUUCCCUACGCCAUACUUCGGGUCCCGGUUAGCAGCUCGGCCCAGGACGUCCUGGCCCAGGCCUUGGUCAAGGCGAGGCGGAUGGAGGACCCGAUCAAGUUCGCCCUCGUCGAGGAGCUAGAGUGGGGCGGGGUUGGCGCGGUGGGGAGCGGAAAUCGGCAGCAGCGGGUCCUCCGCGACGAUGAGAACGUCUACAGCACCCAGGCUCUUUGGAAGACCCUGGGUAGGUUCAUUCUUCGGGAACGAGAACAGGUUCUGCCGAGACGGCACCUGCUUCCGGCGACCCUCGACAGGUUGAGCAAGGGGUUUUCGGUCGGUAGGUCGGUGUCUCUUCCGGGAUCCGGAAAGGAGAAGGUCCCCGUCGCAGAGGCCCUGUCCGAUCCGACAUCGAGGGGUCUUCGGCAUCGGCUUCUGCUGUCGGGCCGCAGAAGGGAGGUUCACUCCGACGGCGAGGAAUCACGCGAAUCCGACAUACUCAACGCCGCGUUGCAUCUGAAGAAGGUCUCGCUGAGGAAGUUUCGCGUUUGGAAAUCCUAGCUAACAAGUUACACGAGGAACGUAUUCCUCGAUAUGUCGUUAUAAUGAAAAUUGGAAACAAAAUUUAUAUACGCAUAAUAUAAUAUUAUACACAACGACGAAUCGGCAAAAGUGCCUCGUCGUCGUCUUCUUGUUCUUCUUCUUUCUUCGAGUCAUCUUUACACAGUCUGUACACAUUGCGUUUGUACGAACCUAAUUCCGAGCUAAAGGGAAACAGAGAAUAAGAAAAAAACAACGCGUGUACAACCGACCAGACAUUUUUCUGUACAUACCAUAUGUGUUUUAAAAAACAAAAAAAAAAAAUAUAUAUAUAUAUAUAUGUAAUCACGACAUAUUAAAUACAAUACUGCGACAGUGGCUUAAAUAGAUGUGCAUAUUUCGAGCAAAAAAAAAAAAAAAAGAAAGUCCAAGAUACAAGCAAUAAAUAUAACGUAUCCCUUUUCCUUUACCGCUGGUGACGGACUCGGGAAAGUGGAAGAUAGAGUGAAAAAAAUAAAACAAAAAAAAAUUAGGGAGUAAAAAAGAAAAAGCAAUUAAGCAGAGAUUUCGCAAACCUCAUCUUUCCCAUCAACCCCCAGAAAAGACGCUUUGGUUUCUCAUUUAUAUACGUAACGAAUAAGGUAGUUAAAAAAAUAUCAGUCAAAUAUCGUGAUUUAUGAAUUGCGGUAAAACGAACUACUGUUAGACAUAAGAGUCUAUUGUUAGAUCACUUGAGAAUUUUUCUUACUUGUACUAUAAAGUUUUCCACCGUCUUCAGGGUACCGUAAAAUCUCCAGAGAACACAGAAACAAUGUUUCGUUUGCCACUUUGGACCAAACUCAAAGUCUAAGUGUUAAUUAAUAUGCAAUAAAAGUGUGCAAAUGCAUUUUCAAUUUCUUAAAAAUUAACGUAUCCCAUUUUUGAACGAAUAUUCACCGUCUAAUAACUGUGAAAUGUUUUUUCUAUGAUGGUUACAACGUAAAUGAACAGAGCAUCAAAAAUUUUGAUAAUUUAAUGUGCUAUUGAAUAAUCACGACGCUUGAAGUAAUUUACAAACAUCUGAGUUCGAGAGUGAGAGAGCGAAUACCCUGAUACUGAAAUGUUUGAAUAGAAAAAACAAUUAUUUAAAAUAUGCGGCAUUUUCCAUCGCAUACAUAUAUAGAAUCCGUUAAUAAUUCACUUAAAUUAAUAAUUAGGACCGGGCGUCUGAUAAUCCAAACUUAAGAAAAGAGAUUGAAAAAGGGAAAAGGAGUUAAAAUAAUUCAACGGAUAUCCAGACGUACCGAAUUGAAAAUUGUACACUUAACAAUACGUGUAAGAAUAAGUACCUAAAUAAUUAAUCUUUCAUUACAUUUGCCGAUAGUUCAUGAUUAUAUGGUUACAUAAUAGCGCAGAUAAAGUGAAUACAUUGGUUGUCUCUUUUUAGUUCAGAUAUGUUUCUGACAAAAACAAAAAACAAAAAAAAAAAAAAUUAACCGCGUGAUACAAUUGAACUCUGCUAAGCCCAAAAACUCAUUAUAUUCCCUACUAAAU